CUCCUGAGACGCCGCUCAGAUUCCUGUCACUUCUCAAGGCGUCUCCGUCGCGAACAUGGCUCUGCCACCCUUUUUCGGCCAGGGUCGCCCAGGCCCGCCGCCCCCGCAGCCGCCGCCUCCCGCUCCCUUCGGCUGUCCGCCACCGCCACUGCCCUCCCCGGCUUUCCCGCCGCCUCUCCCCCAGCGGCCCGGCCCUUUUCCGGGGGCCUCCGCCCCCUUCCUUCAGCCUCCGCUGGCUCUGCAGCCCCGAGCCUCCGCGGAAGCCUCCCGCGGCGGCGGCGGCGGCGGCGGCGGCGGCGCUGGCGCCUUCUACCCGGUGCCACCACCGCCGCUGCCUCCGCCGCCGCCCCAGUGCCGGCCCUUCCCGGGGACAGACGCCGGCGAGCGGCCGCGGCUGCCGCCUCCCGGCCCGGGGCCGCCCUGGAGCCCGCGCUGGCCUGAGACGCCGCCGCCGGCCGACGCGCUCGGGGAUGCAGCCCUCCAGCGCCUGCGCGACCGGCAGUGGCUGGAGGCGGUGUUCGGGACCCCGCGGCGGGCGGGCUGUCCGGCUCCCCAGCGCACGCACGCCGGGCCCAGCCUCGGCGAAGUGCGAGCGCGUUUGCGCGGGGCUCUGCGCCUGGUGCGGCGGCUGCGCGGCCUCGGCCAGGCCCUGCGCGAGGCCGAAGCCGACGGCGCCGCCUGGACCCUGCUGCAUGCCCAGGCCGCGCCACUGCGCGCGGCCCUGGCCGACCAGCUACAGCCGCUGACCCAGGCCGCCUACGUGGGCGAGGCGCGGAGGAGGCUGGAGAGGGUCCGGCGCCGCCGGCUGCGGCUUCGCGAGAGGGCUCGGGAACGCGAGGCCGAGCGGGAGGCAGAGGCCGCGCGAGCGGCGGAACGCGAGCAGGAGAUUGACCGCUGGAGGGUCAAGUGUGUGCAGGAGGUAGAGGAGAAGAAGCGGGAGCAGGAACUCAAAGCAGCCGCUGAUGGCGUACUAUCUGAAGUGAGGAAAAAACAAGCAGAUACUAAAAGAAUGGUGGACAUUCUUCGGGCUUUGGAGAAGUUGAGGAAACUGAGGAAAGAGGCUGCAGCAAGGAAAGGGGUCUGUCCUCCAGCCUCAGCAGAUGAGACUUUUGAGCAUCAUCUUCAGCGACUGAGAAAACUCAUUAAAAAGCGCUCUGAACUGUAUGAAGCUGAAGAGAGAGCCCUCAGGGUUAUGCUGGAAGGAGAACAAGAGGAAGAGAGGAAAAGAGAAUUAGAAAAAAAACAAAGAAAAGAAAAAGAGAAAAUUUUACUUCAGAAACGUGAAAUUGAGUCCAAGUUGUUUGGGGAUCCAGACGAGUUCCCACUUGCUCAUCUCUUGGAGCCUUUCCGACAGUAUUACCUCCAAGCUGAGCACUCCCUGCCAGCGCUCAUCCAGAUCAGGCAUGAUUGGGAUCAGUACCUGGUGCCAUCUGAUCAUCCCAAAGGCAACUUCAUUCCCCAAGGAUGGGUCCUUCCCCCGCUCCCCAGCAACGACAUCUGGGCAACUGCUGUUAAGCUGCAUUAGUAAAGAUGCUCCAGGAGUGUGGUCCAGCCAACGCUCUUUCCAGCUCUAAAUAUUAGUGAUGCUGCCAUCUUUUGCUGUAGACUAAACUGCAACUUCUAAAUUCCAUGUGGCGUUCCCCUACCCUGAAGUUAUGCUUUUCCUUCUGUGCUCUGUGCUGGCCAGAGGUGCCUCUUGAAUCAGGAGAUUAAUGUGGUUCUUCAGGAAAGGACUUAGGUGAACUGAGGUUAUUACCACACGCAGUGAAUGACCUUGGUUCACCAGAUUUGCCUCUGUUUUGAGGGGCUUGGUCUAGAGUGACUUGUUAAUUUACUCUAACUUCCUUGUGGUGUGGUGAUGGGUAAGUACACUCAAACACUCAAUACAGGUGUGCGAUGGGUCGAUUGCACAACCCUUCCACUAAUAGUGCGUGUGAAGGCAAGCUUGAUGCAAAACCUCCUGACCUUUUCUGCCUGAAGAGCCCUUUGACUUCUAGGAGGAAAGGUCAAAAACAUGUUACCUUCGGUUUUGUUAAUCCCAGUUUGUGUGCAGCUUGGGAGGCUGCUAGUUAGGAAGAUGGCAAUGGCUGUAGGCUGAGUUGCCAGAAAAGACGGUGGCCUAGUUUUAUUUUCAUGUGGAGAACUUAGAAAACCUUAAGAGUACCCAAAUUGGAUUGUGUUUUAAUGGACGACGGCUGUAUUUUUUCCAUGUUAGAAGGAUCCUAAUGAAAGCACCUGUUUUUUUAUGUUUCUAAGGGUCUAGUUCAGAAUCACCAAGGAUGUUUCCCUGAUGGGAGUGGGACCUUAACCUCACUCCGUCACAUUAUAGGAGCCACUGUAGCUAUGGAAUUAUCUUAGGAACUCAAGCUUCUAAAACUAUCCAUGUAGUCAAAUCCGGGAGAAAACCAAAAAUAAUAAAACUUAUUUUUUAUAUUCAUUAAUAAAUGUUGUUAUGCUUGGAGAU